AUGCUGCCAACCAAAGCUCUCCGCUCUGUCCAGCCCAGCGCGGCUCUCAAGGCUCGUGUACCGCGCGAAUCGUACCUCCGCAAGCUCGCCAAGCCAGAGGACCUCGUCCCGCUGUUCAAGAAUCACGACUACUGUGGAUGGUCUGGCUUCACAGGCGUCGGCUACCCGAAGGAGACCCCCGCCGCGCUCGCUGAGCAUGUCGAGAAGAACAACUUGCAGGGCAAGAUGCGCUUCUCGCUCUUCGUCGGCGCCUCCACCGGACCCGAAGUCGAGGAACGAUGGGCGCGCAACCUCAUGAUUGAGCGUCGCUUCCCGCACCAGGUUGGAAAGGCCAUCUCGAAGGGUAUCAACGCUGGGGAGAUCGACUUUGCCGACAAGCACUUGAGCAUGUUUGCCCAGGACUUGACCUACGGCUAUUACUCGCGCGAGAAGAAGCACGGUGAGCCGGGCAAGAUGCUCGACUGGGCGUGGGUCGAGGCGACCGAAAUCCUCCCCGACGGGUCUAUCGUUCCCGGCGCGUCGGUCGGCGCGACGCCUGAGAUCCUCGCGUCGGCGGAGAAGAUCAUUGUCGAGGUUAAUACGGGACUGCCGUCGAUGAAGGGAUUGCACGACAUCGUCAUCUCGCAGGACCCCCCUCACCGCCUUCCCUACCUCGUUACGCACCCCGCAGACCGUAUCGGCACUCUCAGCAUCCCAGUAGACCCUGAGCGGGUCGUUGCCAUCGUCGAGACUAACAAGCCCGACAACACCGGAAAGAACGCGCCCGAGACCGAAGACUCGAAGAAGAUCGCUGGCCACUUGAUCAACUUUUUCGAGGAGGAAGUCGCGGCGGGACGCAUGCCGAAGAAUUUGCUGCCCCUUCAGUCGGGAAUCGGGAACGUCGCCAACUCGAUCAUCGGAGGGUUGAAGGAGAGCAAGUUUGAAAGGAUGCAGGUGUGGACCGAGGUCCUGCAGGACACCUUCCUGCCGCUGCUGAAGUCGGGCAAGCUCGACUUUGCGACCGCAACGUCGAUCCGCUUCUCUCCUGACAUCUUCAAGGAGUUCUACCGCGACUGGGAUGACUACGUCGACAAGCUUCUUCUCCGUCCUCAGCAGGUCGCCAACUCGCCAGAGAUCAUCCGCCGGCUCGGUGUUAUCGCGAUGAACACACCUCUCGAGGUCGACAUCUACGCCCACGCAAACAGUACCAACGCGCUCGGGUCGCGCAUGCUGAACGGUAUCGGUGGUUCGGCCGACUUCCUCCGCAACGCCAAGCUCAGCAUCAUGCACACGCCCUCCGCACGGCCUUCCAAGACGGACCCGACCGGCAUCUCAUGCAUCGUGCCCUUCGCUACUCAUGUCGAUCAGACUGAGCACGAUCUUGACGUCAUUGUGACGGAGCAAGGUCUUGCCGACCUCCGUGGACUUUCGCCGAGACAGCGCGCACCGAUAAUCAUCGAGAAGUGCGCGCACCCGGAUUACAAGGAGCAAUUGCUCGAGUACUACAAUCGCGCGUUGCACGACUGUCUCCGAGCAGGCUCAGCACACGAGCCGCACAUCCUACGCAAAGCUUUUGCGAUGCACAUCAACCUACAGGAGAACGGAACCAUGAAGCUUUCGAACUGGGACUAG